AGGCCAAAAAUCCCCUCUCACAAACCGAACUGCAAGCCCAGAGAAAGAGAAAAUGGCCACCGAUUUGUGAACAGAAAAAUAAAUACCGUAAAAUUUUGAAAAUUAUUUCAUAAGUAUAAUCUGUAUGAAAUGGAAAGACAAACCCUAGCUUCGUCAUCUUCAUCAACCAGUGGAAUUUCAAUAAUUUCUCCUCCACCGGAAGAUGCUUGGAUUACUACUUAUCAAAAGCUGCGCCCUCAGUGGCAAUCUCUGUCUUCUUCUAACCAGACAGUGAUCCCAAUCGAAGUAUCCCGAGUUAAUCAGUUUGAUGCUGCGAGGCUGGAUAUUGAAAUGUCAGCUAUGCUAAAAGAACAGUUGGUUAAAGUCUUUUCUUUGAUGAAGCCAGGAAUGUUAUUUCAAUAUGAACCCGAACUCGAUGCUUUUCUUGAAUUUCUCAUAUGGAGAUUUUCCAUCUGGGUCGAUAAACCUACUCCUGGUAACGCUCUUAUGAAUUUGAGAUAUAGAGAUGAACAUGCAGUUGAAGCUAGAGGAAAAGUCAGGACGGGGUUAGAGGGACCAGGGCUUACUGUUUUUCAGAAGAUUGGGUACUGUAUUGCUACGGUUGGUGGACAAUAUAUUUGGGCCCGUCUACAAUCAUUUUCUGCUUUUCGUAGAUGGGGUGACACUGAGCAGAGAUCACUGGCACGUCGAGCAUGGUUUCUAAUGCAGCGUAUAGAAGGAUUUUAUAAAGCUGCAUCAUUCGGAAACCUACUCAUAUUUCUCUUGACAGGAAGAUAUAGAAGUCUUAUCGAGAGAGUAUUGCGGGCGAGACUUGUUUAUGGAAGUCCUAAUAUGAAUCGAGCUGUUAGCUUUGAGUACAUGAAUCGCCAAUUGGUGUGGAAUGAAUUUUCGGAAAUGUUACUGUUGCUCCUUCCUCUUCUCAAUUCAUCAUCUGUUAAAAAUUUUCUCCGUCCCUUCUCGAAGAAUAGUUCUUCAAAUUUAGAGGGUGAUGAAGCUUUAUGUCCCAUCUGCCAGGCAACUCCAACCACCCCAUUCGUAGCUCUUCCAUGUCAUCACAGGUACUGCUACUACUGUCUUCGAACACGGUGCUCUGCAACUAUGUCAUUUCGGUGCCCUAGAUGUAGUGAGCCUGUCAUUGCCAUGCAACGACAUUGGGGUUCUGUAGGCAACAUUAUUACUCAGAAAGAAUGAUUGUUAUAUAAUAAAGCAAAGGCUAGCUCAAGUUUAAUUAUAUCCAAAAAUUAGCUGAUUUUAGCAUUAUUAUUUUAUUAGGGGACGAGAUCCCUUCACAAAGCUUAUUUUCAACUCCAUCAAGUGCAUGAUAUCUUUCAUAUUAAUGUGGGAAUUCAAUUUGUGGUUUUCAAUGUAACCUUAAAUGGAGGUGUCAAGAUUAUGCCGUUCAACUUUGUGAAGCACAAACUGAAAUCUAUUCUUUGUAAAAAUUUUAGCUGAGGAUGGGAAGCAAUUGCCCUUCGUUAUGUCUUUACUUUUGCUAUUUAAUAAAAUGGUUCUUGUCAUAGCAA